AUGGGCUCAGAGAUCCUCUCCCAGUCGCCAGACGAGAUGCUCAAAUUCAGUCUUCUGCAUCCUGGCGCUGCCUCGGUCCUAACCCCGCGCCUGGGGCAGUUGGCCGUUGCGGGCAGAAAGACCAUCGCAACCCCGAACUAUAUCCCUCUGACUUCGCGGGGAGUCGUCUCUCAUGUAUCCCAUGAUGUGUUGCGCGAUAGCACCUCGAUUAGCAGCAUGUUCAUCGGUCUAGAAGAUUGUAUCCUAUCAGUCAUAGAAAGACAACAACAACCCAAAAAGUACCGAAUCCCGGUUCCAAUCUACUCAGUCCCUACUGCGCCUCAUGAGUCGGCUUUGCGCAAGUUUAUUGGUGCUCCAGACGACCACUGCUUGAUUUUGGGUCCCCGUCGCGAGCCCUCCAUCGCUUGUCCCUCGAAUAAUACACCCAACUCCAUCGCGAUUCUCACGUCUGUCGGGUACAGACAACUCGAGGCGGCUCAAUAUGUUGAAGCCAUUCAGAAGCUCAGCCCGGACAUUGUGAUCGGACUGGCAGAUCUGGCGAUGGCGGGUCAGGAGCCUGGAACCAAGAGACGGGUGAAAAUGGUGGACCGCACACACGCAUUCACCACGCAUGCGACAGACCAACUUUACGGAAUCAACGUGCCCGCAGCAGAUCGGUCAAAGGCGGCAUAUUUCGCACCCAUCCUCCCGCUAGAGAACACUCAGCAGCAAAUUUACUUGGAGGACCUGGAGACCGACCUUCGCGGCGCAGUCUCGGGCCUCGCCCUCUACCAGUCUGACUCGCUGUCGAUUGUGCCAGAAUCUCUAGGCGCCCUGCCUCGUCUGCUCAUCAGUGGACCGAAUACACCCCACGACAUUCUACGAGAGGUCGUCCUGGGGGCGGAUCUUCUCACCAUUCCCUUUUUAAGUACCGCUUCAGACUCUGGCAUUGCCCUCGAUUUUACCCUCCUGCCUCCGUCAGCCACAGAUGGAUCCAAUCCGUCCUCUGCGACCCAGCCCCUUGCCAUUGAUCUCUGGUCGGCAUCCUAUACAACCGAUACCUCCCCGCUCGCCGAGAAAUGCGAAUGCUAUACCUGCCGCAACCAUCACCGCGCAUACCUCCAUCACCUCCUAGCAGCCAAAGAAAUGCUCGCUUGGACUCUUCUUCAAAUCCACAAUCACCACACCAUGGAUACCUUCUUUGCGCAGAUCCGGGAAUCCAUCCAGCGCGGUACAUUUGAGACCGAUGUGGAAACUUUCCAACAGACCUAUACUACAGAAUUUCCCCAAGCCACUGGCCAAGGUCCAAGACUCCGUGGUUACCAACUCCCAGCCGCAGGACCAUACCAACCACGUCGAUAUCCCCCCGCAUAUGGGAAACUCGACCUGACAGCGGAAAAGUUCGCCGAGUCUCAGUCGUCUCUCGCAACUCCAGAUACCGGCGCAGACGGAUUAGAAGAGCAUGGAUUCGCUCAGAAGGAAUAG